AUGACACAACCCAAAUUCAGAACAAUCGGGCACUCAGAUAUCGAAGACAUUUCAUCUGAAAUGGAAUCAAGUGAACAACAAAACAACAGCUUAUCAAUGUCAACAACACUUGAUCCAAUAAUUUUAUCUGGAAAAGGUUUAACAAUUGAACAAGUGAUAAUGAUUGUACGACAAAAUUAUCCAGUAGAAAUAACAAAUGACAUUAGUGUACAUAAAAAGAUGGCAGAUUCAUGCGAAUAUAUUCGUAAAACUGUCGAUGAAUCUCAACCAUUAUAUGGUGUAACAACGCUAUUUGGUGGUAUGGCACAUCGACAAAUAUCAGCUAGUCAAGCAAGUGAAUUACAAAAUAAUUUAGUUUAUUUUCAUAAGACUGGUGCUGGAGCCUAUGUUCCAUUGGAAGAUGCGAGGGCAGCCAUGUUAUUACGGGCUAAUUCACAUUUAAUCGGUGUUUCAGGCAUAAGAAUGGAAAUAACAGAUCGUUUAAUCAAAUUUAUAAAAGAACACAUAACGCCACUUAUACCUGAAUUUGGAUCUGUAGGUGCAUCCGGUGACUUAGUACCCUUAACCUACGUUGUUGGAUCAAUAUGUGGUACAGAUAAGAGUUUUAAAGUAAAUUUUCGUGGAGAAAAGAUGAAUGCAAUUGAUGCAUUGGAACAAGUUGAUUUAAAAAGAAUGAGUUUGCAACCAAAAGAAGGGUUAGCAAUGAUAAAUGGUACAAGUAUGAUGACAGCUUCCGCAACAAUAGCUGUUUAUGAUCUAUAUAUUUUGUUUGCUGCAACAUUACACGCUCAUGCAUUAGCUAUACAAGCACUGUACGGUAAUAAUCAACCAUUUCAUCCAUUUCUACAUGAAAUGAAACCCCAUCAUGGUCAGAAACUCAUUGCCAGUACAAUUCUGGAUUUAUUGUCAAAUUCUAAGAUGAUCAAUGAUCAUCUGGAUGGCACGCACAACAUGCGCCAAAAUGUGUUAAUCCAAGAUCGUUAUUCAAUCCGUGCUAUGCCACAAUAUCUUGGUCCGUUUAUUGAAAUGUUACAUCAAAUUGCGCGUACUGUUGAAGUUGAGAUUAAUUCAGCAAAUGAUAAUCCAUUAAUUGAUGUUGAAAACCAAAAAGCCUACGAUGUUCAAAUCGCUCAAAUUGUAGCAUCUGAAUUUAGUAAUGGUUUGCCUGACUGUUUAAUCAGUAAUCCUCAGAGAGAAGUGAAUAUGGGUGUAAAAGGUUUACAACUAUGUGCUAAUUCAAUCAUGCCAUAUUUAUUAUUUUUUGGUAACUCGAUCGCCGAUAGAUAUUCAACACAUGCUGAACAAUAUAAUCAAAAUAUUAAUUCAAUGGGUCACGUCUCAGCUAAUUUAGCUCGGCAUUAA